AUGCUGGUACCGAAUCCCGAAACAACAGCAGCACAACCGGAGCUACUAAAUCCUGAAGUUGUUGUUACAGUGUGGGCACCGCCGGUUCUUGUAGUAAGCGUAGGACCGGAACUAUCGGCUCCUGUAGCAUCAACUGAAUUCCAGGAACAAAAUGGUACCAACACGUGCGGUUCUUCUAGCAGUUCAUGUAAGCGUUUGUUUUUGACCGGAAAUUUGUGGACUGUUCGCUGGAACAACGAACUGCUCCUGCGAAAUGCCGGCUUUGGGUGGCGUAAACAGAAACGAUGA